UGGGCGUCCCUCAGCCUUGCUUUGGGUCCGGGCCGAGCGCGAGGCGGCUCCGCCCCCUGCUCCGCUCCCUCCUCCUCCCCCCUCCCUCCCUGGCAGUGCUGCCACACCGGGUAGGUUUCCAGUCACUAUGGCGGCUCUGACUGCAGCUGGGAAGGUCGGGGGAAAGUUUUCCUCGUCGACGGACGCCUGAGGGAGGGAGAGGGAAGGAGGGAGGCUCUGCUGGGAAGGCCUGGUCCUCAGCGAAGUCUCCCUCUUCGGCGGCGAGGGAGAAGGAAGAAGCAGCAGCAGGCACCUGCAGGCCGGCAGGGCCUCCUCCUCCGGGCUCGCUGAGGAGAAGAAGGAGAAGCAGCAGCAGCAGCAGCCACCCACAGUGCCGUGGCCUCGCUUCCCCUCCGCCUGCUGUCAAAUCCCCCUCCCCGCUCCGGAAGGCCGCCUCAGUCAACGCCUGGGAUGCCUCCCCAGGUGCAUGGAGCCUCCUUGGUGGGGAAUCGCGUUUCCCUGCCUCCCAGGAGUGGACGGGCAGCCCUUUGAGCCUUCCUGCCUGGGCCUGCGCGCCCUGCCGAGGCGGAGGCCACCCUUUCUCGCUCGCCCGGCGCCCGGACAUUCCUGAGUCUGCCUUGAUGCGCGACGAGGACGAGCCGUGGACUCACCCCUGGACUGGGCUGAACUGCUUUUCCUCGCGGAGGGUUGUUUUGCAGUCCUGUGGUCCUUCCCUCCCCCGUUUCCCCACUCCCUGAGUCUUGCAGUCUGCCUCUUUUAUCGAGGGAAAACUCUUGGGCCCUGUUUAUGGAUUACAUCCCAAACAGGAAUUUUCGCGUGAGUCAUUCUUCACUUGGAGUUAUAGCCAUCCCCACCUUAAUUUAACAAGCUCUGUUCCUCUCUUCUGAGUUGUCAGAUGCUUGCUCAUGUUAUUGACAGACAUGGAUUAAAAGUGGAACUUUGCAGACUUGCUGCAGGAGAAGACAAUGGGGCUUUUUUGCUGGAUUGUUGCCUACACUAGUUCACACACUGAAAGUAUGCGUUGUUAGAUCUCACUGGCAGAUAAUGUUUGCCCUGCUUUAAUGUGAAGCGUUGUGAGGCUUUUGCUCAUCAACUGUGGAGGGUGGCUUGGAUCAAGAAGAGUUUCUCUUCUUUCCUGGUUGGUGUAGCACCACAUAUCUCUCCUCGAUGCCUUCAGCCUUGGCUAUCUUCACUUGCCGCCCGAACUCUCACCCGUUUCAAGAACGCCAUGUCUACCUGGAUGAGCCUGUCAAAAUUGGGCGCUCAGUGGCUCGAUGUCGGCCAGCUCAGAAUAAUGCCACCUUUGACUGCAAGGUCCUGUCUAGGAACCAUGCGCUUGUCUGGUUUGAUCAGAAGACAGGAAAGUUCUAUCUUCAAGAUACUAAGAGUAGUAACGGUACCUUUAUAAACAGUCAGCGACUGAGCAGAGGAUCUGAAGAGAGUCCACCAUGUGAAAUUUUGUCUGGUGAUAUAAUCCAAUUUGGCGUAGAUGUGACGGAGAACACGCGGAAAGGUAAGGUCACCCAUGGAUGCAUUGUGUCCACAAUAAAACUAUUUCUCCCAGAUGGUAUGGAAGCUAGGCUACGAUCAGAUGUCAUCCAUGCUCCAUUACCAAGCCCUGUUGACAAGGUUGCUGCUAACACUCCCAGUAUGUACUCUCAGGAACUGUUUCAGCUUUCUCAGUAUCUACAGGAGGCCUUACACAGGGAACAAAUGUUGGAACAGAAGCUGGCCACCUUACAGCGAUUGCUUGCUGUCACUCAAGAGGCAUCCGAUACUAGUUGGCAGGCAUUGAUAGAUGAAGAUAGACUACUAUCAAGAUUAGAAGUUAUGGGAAACCAGUUACAAGCAUGUUCAAAGACUCAAACAGAAGACAGUUUACGAAAGGAACUUAUAGCAUUGCAAGAAGAUAAACAUAACUAUGAGACAACUGCCAAAGAGUCCUUGAGGCGGGUCCUUCAGGAAAAAAUUGAAGUGGUCAGAAAACUUUCUGAAGUGGAGCGAAGUUUAAGCAACACCGAAGAUGAAUGUACACACUUGAAAGAAAUGAAUGAACGGACUCAGGAAGAACUGCAGGAAUUGGCAAAUAAAUACAAUGGAGCUGUAAAUGAAAUUAAAGAUUUAACUGACAAACUAAAGACUGCUGAAGGAAGACAAGAGGAAAUCCAGCAAAAGGGACAGGUUGAAAAGAAGGAAUUGCAGCAGAAAAUAGAAGAGAUGGAAGAGAGAGAGCAGGAACUUCAAGCAAAAAUAGAGGCUUUACAAGCAGAUAAUGACUUCACCAAUGAACGGUUAACUGCUUUGCAAGUCCGAUUAGAACAUCUUCAAGAGAAAGCUCUUAAAGAACACAACAGCUUAGGCAUACAAGUUGAUGACUUCAUUCCUAAAAUUAAUGGAAGCGCAGAAAAAGAGCUCUUUCUUUCAAAGAGUGGAGGGGACUGCACUUUUAUUCAUCAGUUCAUAGAGUGCCAGACAGACAAGCUCAUAGACGAAGGACAUCUUUCCAGAGUGGAUGAAACAAAGAUUCUGAAAGAAAAUCAGGCAAAAACUAAGGAAGCAGAAUUGUCAGAUACUCUUAGCCCAAGCAAAGAGAAAAGCAGUGACGACACUACAGAUGCUCAAAUGGAUGACCAUGAACUGAAUGAACCUAUUGCUAAAGUAGCCCUCUUAAAAGCAGAUGAAUUGCAGGGUGCACAGUCAGAAACUGAGACUAACCAAGAAAUUCAACAGCUGCACAAGGAACUGGUUGAAGCCCAAGAGCUAGCUAGGACAAGUAAACAAAAAUGCUCUGAACUGCAAGCUCUUUUAGAAGAAGAAAGAAAGGCUUACAAAUUGCAAGCUGAAGAGUCCACUAAGCAAAUUCAAGUUCUCCAAGCUCAGCUGCUUAGGCUACAGGAAGACAUUGAACGUGUUCGUAAGGAAAAGGAGAACGAGAUCUCUAGUACACGGAAUGAGUUGCUUAGUGCUCAGAGUGAGAUCCUCUUACUGCAGAAAGUGGCUGAAAAGGCUGCAUCAGAAAGGGAAGUAGAUGUCACCUCUUUACAAGAAGAGCUUACAGAAGUAAGAGCUGAGCUCGAAAAGUGGCGCAAAGAGGCUUCUGAAUAUGAAAAAGAAAUUGUGAGUCUCCAGGCCAGUUUUCAGUUACGAUGUCAGCAGUGCGAGGAGCAGAAGAAAGAGGAGGCCUCCCGUUUACAAGGUGAACUUGAAAAGCUGAGAAAGGAGUGGACUGUUCUUGAAACAGAGUGUCUUUCAUUAAAGAAGGAGAAUUCUUUGCUUGCGGGUGAACUUCAGCGACAUGAGAAGGAACUACAUAACUCUCAGCAACAUAGUCUGGCACUUACCAGUGACCUGAGUAUUCUUGAACUGACUCGAAAGGAGCUUGAAAAUAAAAUGGGUUCUUUGAAAGAAGAACACCAGCGAGAUGCCGCUAGUCUAAAAACUCUUCUUCACGAGGCAGAAAACCAAGCCAAGGAUGUUCAGAAUGAGUAUGAAAAGACACAGACCAUACUCUCAGAACUGAAGUUUAAAUUUGAAAUCACUGAGCAGGAAAAGCAAUCAAUCACAGAUGAACUCAAACAGUGUAAAGAAAACCUGAAGCUGUUACAAGAAAAAGGAAACCAUCCUUCCAUAUUACCACCUGUCCCAGCCGUAUUCAUCGGCCUAAUCCUGGCUUUCCUGUUUUGGUGUUACAGCCCAUUGUGGUAGAGAAAGAGACAAUGGCCUUGGAUGCCUGUGAUGGCAGCUUUGGUCGCUGUGACAGCCCUGGUGCUGUACCCAGGCUUAACCAGAGCCUCUCCAUAAGAACUGUUGUUGAAUCCAUACACCAUCCUCCCUUUAGAAGCUGGCAUCAUUCGCAUACUGGGGGGAAAACCAGAUUCAUCCUGUUCCGUUUUUUACCUUAGUAAUACCACAGAGUUUGGCUUCAGAGCAGCAGUAGGAUCAUUGCUUUAAAUUGUACAAAAUGUAUCUGUCUAUAAAGAGGGAAUAAAAUUAUUACUUCAUUCUGUUGUGAGCAAUAUUGUUGCUUACACUUUCAUGUAAUUCUUAAAGUAGUAUGUUUGAAUUCUAAAUACUGUUAUGGUGGCCUAAAGUAGGCUUCUUGGUACCAAAUUAUUUAUGGUGGUUAGGUGUGUGGAUAAUUUACUUAAAAUCUGAUUGCCAGAUUGAAAGCAAUGCAUUAUUUCUCUGAUUUGGACUCCCAUGCCAAAUACCCGUUAAAUACUCAGAAACAGGUGCAGUGUGCUCAGUGCCUUUCAGUUUGACUUUAUUUGUAUAUUAACAUACCAUUAUUAUUUUUUACUUGCUGUGAGUCACUGAGCUAUUGGGAACAAUUUUCUUUUUUUCCCCAAGUCUUCUGGCAGAAACAAAUAUUUUUCUUCAGUAAAGGUCCUAUUUUGUUGAUGACUUGGGAAAUAGUACAAUUCAUUGUCAGCCUUAAAGAGCUCUAGAAGAAACUGAAUGGAAAGCCUCAGUCUAGACUUCUUGUGUGCAGGUGUGUGCAUGUGUGUGCCUGAGUGAACUAAGGUUUUUCUGGGAGCAAAAUCUUGAUUUUUUCCUGAUGGACAUAAUGCAGUGAUCCAACUUUUAGUUUGAAUGUAAUUUAUUAAAUCUCAUGUAUAUAGACACUAUAGAAACCAACGUAUUUUCUCACAUAUCACAUUAUAGAAAUGAUUUUUCCAGUCCCAUAUUAUAUCAAAAUAAGCUGGAGAAAUAAUAUUUGUCUCUUUAAUUGCGCUUUCAUUGGCAUAACUUCAUUAUGUGAAGUGCUUGAGUGGUUCUACUGUUAGGGAAAUGAAGAAAAAACAAAAAAUGCACAAGCCUUCGGGAAAGUUAGAAUAAUCUAAUUGGUCCUCUAUGCAACAACUUAAACUGAAAGAAUGUGCUUUCAAUGAAUAGAAGCUUUACACCACAGUUUAUAUGGCCUUAAUAUUAAUGUCUCCAGUAAGGGUUAACCUAUGAAUAGGGGCAUCUAUAAUUAAAGCCUGAGUGAAGUGCUGGCAUACACAACUGCUCUAUUCAUUAAGGUCUAUAAUUAUAUAAAAUGAAUUGCAAAGUAAAACAAUUCAUCUGAUGGAAAUUUCACAGGAAGACUGCCUCAGAGUUUGGUUUAAUGGAUUGAAUGGCAAUCAACAGAUUUAAUUACAUAUUUAAAUAGAAUUUAGUUCUUAUUUGCCUUUGCGGUUUUGAGGGUCAUUUUACUUUAAAGUUUCUGUCUUAAAACUAUUUGGGAUUUGUUAAUGGGAGGAUCAUUUAGAUUUAAGGGAAUGUUAGUACACAGAUGUAGAAAAUGUCAUUUUUGUUCAUUUCAUUCUUUGCAGUUGAAGGAAGCUGUAACACACACACACACACACACACACAACACAUACAUAUACACACCAGUGGUACUUAGUACCUCUUGUAUAUAGGUUAUUGCAAAUAUUAUUCUGAAAAGACUUAACUUCAGAAUUACAUUUUUAAAAGUAAAUAAUUGUUUUAAAUCUAUUUUGUAAAGAUAUAAAAGAAACAAUAGAAUUUCUGGAGUACAGAUUGAACUAUUUGCACUAACACACGUGAUGUGCAUGAUUUAAUAAAAUAACUUUACUCUCCCUA